ACCGUAGGAGUGCUAGUAUGUCAUGAAAGUUAGAAGUGACCAUUGGUCUCUCCGCCAUCAAUCUCUGUUCAUUUAGACCGCACCUCUCUUUCUUCCUCUUCUACAAACACAAUCUGAGAGAGUUAUCAACAAUGGCUUCCACCGCUCUCUCCCAAUCCCUCUCGUCCACCCUUAAUGCUCAAUGUGCAAUCUCCCACAAGAGCAGCAUCGGGAGUACUCCUUCCCUCUCACUAAACCGCUCACUGCCCUUAAAAUUACAACCAGUUUCGAUCCGGUCCAAUACAAACCGGAUUAGUUUCAUCUCCAAAUGUGCUCCCACCGACAAUGAAUCGGCGGCCGCCAAGUCUGAAACCCCUAUUGAAUUGAGGUACCCAUCAUUCCCAACUGUGGUGGAUAUCAAUCAGAUUAUGGAUAUUUUGCCUCACCGCUAUCCAUUUUUGCUGGUGGACAGAGUGAUUGAGUACAAUCCGGGAGUUUCUGCGGUGGCUAUAAAGAAUGUUACUAUUAACGACCAGUUCUUCAAUGGCCACUUCCCUGGGAGACCAAUCAUGCCCGGUGUUCUCAUGAUUGAGGCAAUGGCCCAAGUAGGUGGGGUUGUGAUGCUCCAACCUGAAGUAGGAGGAUCCAGAAGCAAUUUCUUUUUCGCGGGGAUUGACAAAGUGAGGUUCCGGAAGCCAGUGGUUGCUGGGGAUACAUUGGUGAUGAGAAUGACACUUACCAAGCUGCAGAAACGCUUUGGUAUUGCAAAGAUGGAAGGGAAAGCGUAUGUGGGCGGUGAUGUGGUCUGCGAGGGUGAGUUUUUGAUGGCCACCGGUGGCAGCGAGUAGAAAAGUCUGCUUGACCGAUGUCUUGGCUAUUGUUUAUCUUAGAAAAAGGACUGAUUUUUCUUUUCAUUUCCGGGGUAGUGGUUAUUUGGAUGAUAUUAGCGACAGCUGCUUGUGUGUCCAAUUUUUUAUUCCCUUAUUAUUUCUCAUUUCAAGCUGUCAGUAUCUAAUAGAGGGUGGUGAUUGUAUGAACAUUAUUCAGUUGAGUUAAUAAAAGGAUUGUACCAUGCACAACUUGCUGGAUAACUUGUUGAGAAUUAUAUUGAAUUAUAAUAACAAUUACAUGGAGAAGGUUGAGGUCGCUAUACGGCAUUUAGAGGGGCUUCUUGGUGAGCAAAGUCGUCCCUAACGUACUUGCCAUGAAAUGAAGUGAACUACUACCGAGUUUGCUCAUAGAAGUCCCUCUAAAUCCGAGUCGCUCUUUUGAGUUCGGCUAACAGGCACUUGGGCUAAGACACAAUCUGUUUUCCAGUUGAGAUAUCAAUUAUGCUUUUCAUUACAUCCUCUCAGGUAAAGUGAAGUAUUUAUGGCUAGAACAUAGAGCUACUUCAGGAUGCAUGGUUUCUACUUUCUGUAAUCUUUUUUCAUUUCGUUGGUUUUUUCUUUUCAUGAGACACAAAAUGUUUAGAUUUGAGGGGAUGAAGUAAUUAAAUGUCUAAAGAUCAAAUGGUAGAAUGUGAAACACAAAAUAGCC